GAAAUUUUCAUUCGCCAGACCCAGUAUGAAAGAAGUGUAUUAACCUUCCAUCAUGGGUUUGGUCCUGUUGCACUAUCAAGCGAUCAGAAACAAACUGUUACAAGUACUGUUUCUUUUCACCAGGAGAAGCGUUAUUGUGAAAAUGAUCGGUAUCCUGAUGGUGUUUGCAACCCUUGAAUGCAUCUACAAGAUGAACUUUUCUUUACUGGAGCAGAUUCCCGAUAACAGGAAAGAUAGACGCCCUGUAGUGGAUUGCCAUUUAUUCGGAGGACAGUCAGAAAGUCUUUGUUCUACUAAUGUUAACAGCUUUGGCAACACAAGUAGAAAAGAAGCGUCAGAUACUUCGCUUGCCAUUUCGGUUCACAGUCAGCUCCAAGCUAUUACGAACGUUACGACAACUGCACAAGAGGAAAAAAGGAAAUCUUUGACAGAUUUGAACAUAACUACUGUCCUAGAAAAUAUCCGAAUCGGCGGUUCACCCUUCCCACCAACGAACCCACAUCCGUAUAAACCGAUUUCCUUGCCAAGUGACUGCAAUUUCCACGGAAACCGUUCUAAAAUCGUAAUUCUGAUGUACUCGCGGCCCGGAAAUUAUUAUUAUAGAAAGAUAAUUAGACGGACUUGGGGAGAACUGAAGGAUCCAAAUACACGUCUAGUGUUCCUGCUGGGGUUUCUAGAGGACGACCAAUAUGUGAUUGAGGAAGAGAGUGACAGGCAUAGAGAUAUUCUACAGGAGGAUUUCCAUGACUCCUACAAGAACAGUACUCUAAAGUUGAUAAUGGGAUACAACUGGGCCGUUAAACAUUGUUCUAAAGCCGACGUUAUCCUCAGCGUUAACGAGACGCUUCAAGUAAGAUCAGACAUAUUAUUCGAGUACAUAAGAGACUUAGUGACUCUUAAACCAUCACCUUUAUUUCGUGGUGAUCUUGUACCAUCAUUACCACCUAAUAAAUCGGGGUUCAUUGGUAACACUGCUGUGACAAAGGCUGCCUUCUCCAACGUUAACCUUGUGUCACGUGAUGUAUCAAAAAAGUUUCAAAUUAUUUUCCCCUAUAUUAAAAAUAGUGACAAUGAUAUAAAUGGUUACCUAGGCAAUGUUGCAAGGAUUUUGUCAGUACAACAGACUUAUGAUCCUUAUCUUGAUCCUGCAAAUCCAUUAUCAUUAUUUGCAUUAGCAGGUAAAAACAUUUCUAGACAGUUACUCUCGUAUCCUCUAAAUAUUAAUUUAAGACGACUUGUGAAGCGAAAAAUUCUUCAUUGCGAAGAGAUACCUCAAACACCAACCAACAGAAAGUUACUACCUCUUGUACACAAUGCGACUCAAUGUAAGUUUACGACGAAAGGGCACGACGCGGCCCAUAUUCUUGUAGUCAUCUGGUCUGAUCCUACCGACACAGAGCAGCGGUCAGCCAUUCGGGAGAUGUGGAAAUAUACGGAUAUAGGAACCGUCAGACAAGUAUUCGUACUAGGAUCAGAGGAUAUCCAUCAGAAAGACGUAAAUGCUGAAAGUAAGAAUUAUGGUGACAUAAUACAGGUCUCUGCAGUGAAAGACAAAUUCUUUGAUACCAUUAAAACAGUAUCAUCCUUCGCAUGGAUUGUGCAAUAUUGCAAAAGCACUGAUUUCGUUAUAUUUCUUGAUGGAAAUAUCAAUGUAGAUAUCGACAUGAUAACUGCAUUUAUGAAGAAACUCAUUAAAACUAAAAACAAUAAUAAUGGUGUAUUUCUUGGUCACGUUGUUGAUGAAAGGAAUCCCGAUAGACGACAAGGCUCACCUUUGUAUGUGAGCGAGGGAGAUUAUCCUUUUGAUCACGUUCCGCCGUCUGUGAUUGGUUCAAAUUACGUCAUGUCAUUUAACAUCGUCAGGUCUUUCCAUGUUGUAUUUCCAUUUGUCAAAUACUGCCCUAAUGUUGAUCUGUAUCUUGGAAUAGUAGCGAGUAAACUAAUGGUAAUACCGAGCCAUGAUCCACAUUUUGAUAGGAGGAACCAGACCUCGUUCUUUAGAGAUAACCCAUAACUGUGUAGAUACGUAUUUUGUCUUAUCAUUGUAAUUAAGUUUUGUUUUACCAUUCAAACAUAUUGUAUUGAUACUGAAUAGUCAAAGGGAUAGGGCUCAAGUUCUUAUUGUAAUUAAGAAUAAUACCAGAUUUAUAAAAAGUAGCAUUGUUUAAAAAUUGCUGUAGUUAUUUAAUAAACAGGUAAAAA